AUGGCGCUGCCGAAAAGCCUGCGCGCCGUGCUGGGAGGCUCCGGCUCGGCGAUCAUGGGCGAGGCGGCCAUCGUCGACGCCGUCUGCAAGCUCGCCGGCACGGAGACGCCCGUCGUCGCCUACCUCGGCACGGCGACCUACGACUUCGAGAAGUUCCGCGAGGGCCAGGUCAAGGAGUUCCGGCGCCGCGGCUGCGAGGUCGUCGCCGUCGACGUCGCUCGGACCGCGCCGCCGCCGGCGGACGUCGCGGCCGCGCUCGAGCGCUGCGACGCCGUGCUCGUCUCCGGCGGCAACACGCUCUUCGCCGUCGACCGCUGGACGGCGCAGGGCGUCGACGCGGCGCUGGAAAAGGCCAUGCGCCGCGGCGCGGUCCUCUGCGGCGGGAGCGCGGGCGCGAUCUGCUGGUUUGACGCGGGCCACUCCGACUCCAUGGACCCGGACUGGUACGCGGACGUCAUGAUCGCGGGCGGCGGCGCGGCGGACCCGGCGUACAAGGUCGCGCCGGGCGAGAAGCCCUGGCCGUACGUCCGCUGCCCGUGCCUCGGGUUCCUGCCGGGCCUGGUGUGCCCGCACCACGACCGGACGCAGUCGAACGGCGUGCUGCGCGCCGAGGACUUCGCGGGCAUGCUCCUGCGCCACCCGGGCGAGCAGGGCGUCUGCAUCGACCACUUCGCGGCGCUCGUCGUCGACGGGGAGGACUACGCGGUCCUCGCGCUGGACGGCAAGCCGGGCACGCUCGUCGCCGGCGGGACCGAGCCCGACUUCAGCGGCGCGGGCACGCCGGCGAUCUGGCUCAAGUCCGUCGAGGGCGGCCGCGUCGUCGCCAAGGCCGCCCCCGCCGCGGGCAAGCUCGCGGACAUCCUCCGCAAACCGACGGCGGUCGUCGAGGACGCGCGCAUCGCGCGCGCCCGCGAGGAGAACCCGAGCAACGUCGAGCGGCCCUAG